UUUGGCGAUCCAGAAAAAUGAUCGCAACUUUAACUGAACAUGGACCUGCUUAUGUUCGUUUUUCUGACUGUAAUUCCAGUUUUAUCGAAUGGAUUGACUGUGCGUGGUCCCUCUGGUCCUCUGGUUGCUCCUCUGGGAUCUUCAGUGGUUUUGCCCUGUUCUGUUGAUCAACUUUUAUCAGUGGAGGAUCUGGAGGUGGAAUGGAGAAGAACAGACUCAGACACUUUAGUUCAUCUGUUUCAAGAUGGUGAGAGUCAAACAGGGGUCCAGCAGCAGGAUUAUCAGGAUAGAGCUCAUUUCUUUACUGAGGAGAUUCAACGUGGAAACUUCUCCCUCCGGCUGGACGAUCUGAGAGCUGAAGAUGAGGGACAAUACACAUGUACAGUUUACAGUCAGCAAGAGUCUGGAGAAACUGUGAUUGAAAUAAAAGUUAAUGAUGUUGAGCGUUUGAGAGUUUCAGGAUCGAGUCGCUCUGUAUCUGCAUCUGUGGGUGAAGACGUCACUCUGAGCUGCUCUGUAGAUUCUCACAUCACACCUGAAGACUUUGAAGUUUCGUGGAAGAAAACAGAUGAAGAUGAAGAUAUUGUGGUUCUGCUCUACCAAGAUAAUGAGGCUUUUCCAGAUUCAGCGCAUGAGCGAUACAGAGACAGAGUUGAGUUCUUCACUGAUGAAAUCCCCAAAGGAAACUUCUCUCUCAGACUGAAGAGUGUCAGAACUGAGGAUAAAGGAGUUUACAUGUGUAAGGUGUUUGCUGGAGGACUUUCAGCCAAUACAACUGUAGAACUGGAGAGACUGGGUUUCUCUGUUUUACACAUAAUGGUGUUGAUUCUCUGUAUUUCUGCAUCUGGAUCUGCACUGCUGCUCUUCUGUCUGAUCUACUGUAGAUCAUCUACUAAAGGUUUGAUUUUGCAAAAUUCUAACACUAAUGUUCAUCUGGGAGGUUCAGUGGUUUUGCCCUGUCAUGUUCCUCCAAACUUACUAACUGAAGAUCUGAAGGUGGAAUGGAGAAAAACAACAAAAAACUCAGUGACUCUGGUUCAUCUGUAUGAAGAUGGUCAGUGUCAAACAGAGAAACAACAGCAGGAUUAUAAAGAAAGAGCUCAUUUCCUUACUGAUCACAUUAAACAUGGAAACUUCUCCCUCCGUCUGGACAAACUGACAGCUGAAGAUGAAGGACAAUAUACAUGUAGAGUUUACAACAAGAGCGAUUGUGUGUUUUCAGCCAAGGCAAAACUGACUCUGAAGAUCCUUAUGAGUGGCAAAGUCAUUUCUCUGGGAGGUUCAGUGGAUUUGCCCUGUCAGGUCAAAAAAAGCUUGUUAGAGAACAAUCUGAAGGUGGAGUGGAGAAGAGCAGACUCAGAGAAUCUGGUUCAUCUGUAUGAAGAUGGCAAGAGUCAAACAGACAAACAACACAAGGAUUAUCACAAAAGAGCUCAUUUCUUAAAGAAGAAGAUUAAAGAUGGAAACUUCUCCCUCCGUCUGAAAAAACUGAGAGCUGGAGAUGAAGGGAUUUACAGAUGUAAAGUUUACAGGGACCAGAACUGUGUGCGUUCAGCCAAUGAAGAGUUGAAACUAGGUAAGUGUAAAUAAAAGAUAAAAUAAUAGAAACUGCUGCUGUUGUUGCCCU